AUGAACCACACCGCAGACAAUUCAUGGCGGAUGAAGAAUCAGACUCUUCUGGGUAGAGAGAACGUGCUCGAGAAGCAUGAAGGGAAGCAAGACUGGGUGAAAUUGAAAGAAGUGCGAAGGUCGUCCACGACUACCCUUCUUCGGCUUCCACUAACUCCCUUCAUGAUUAUUCCAAGUCGUCCUCAGCAUCCAUCCAGCUCACAAACAACAGAGCUAGCUCUGCAUCAUUUCUCUCUAUCUUCUGCACCAGUAUCACCUCAAAUUACACCUCAAAAAGGUCACAAACUUUCAGUCUCGAGGCCAAUGAUCUGGCUGACUCGCAAUACGAGUUCUUCUUCCAAUGCUUCGCCACAUGGUGUCGUAGCUGCACCAGUUCGCAUAUCAGAACCUAGGUUUGACAGCUCCUUGGAUAUCUUCAAUGUCAAACGUAGUGGGCCUCUUGGAAGCGGCGCCAUGGUUGUGAGGACACCACAAGAGGCGCUGUCUGGUACGAGCGCUCUGUUUGGUGAUGAAGUUAAUGGCAGUCAACGGGGGUCCGCUUUUGAGGCUCCCUCUGAAGAGGCAAUGGACUUACCUCCACUUUCGGGUGGUCCGCCACCUGUGCCGUCGAAGGCUUCCCUUGAGUCGUCAAUUUCAACUAUAUCCACCUCCACACAUAGUAGUUCAUCGAGUCUUCCGGCGAAAGAUGCAUCCAUACCACCAUGUCCAACCCGUCCUCCUCCCCCUGCGCCAACGACAUCAUCCAUGAUCCUUCGUCCAGUCAUUAAAGCAAAGACCUCCCCGUCUUUGGUAGAGGCCCUGCCUCCCGUACCACCUCUUCCUGUUAAUGUCUCUACUACGCCUCCCCAACCUCCCUUUGAACCUAUUCUGCUGUCCCCUAUCCCUAGCAGUGCGAUCGAUCCUUCCAAGAUUAUCGUGACCAUAGAGACAAGUUCAGCAACGCACCGCACGACACUCGGUACUCUUAUUUCAAGGCCUUCUUACCUCUCAAAUUAUGUCACUUCCCUCUUGCCACGAAAAUCAGUUGCGGCAUCGUUAUACUCUAAUGCAAGCGAUAUUUCUGAACUUCCACACAACUCCUUCAAUGCCAUGUUUCAUGAUCAUUUAGCGUCUUCUGGGGCUAUAUCACAGUCAGCCAUGAAUAUACAUGUAUUCCUCGACAGGCCGAGUGCUCCAUACGCGCACAUCUUGUCGUAUCUCCGCACUCCCCCUUUUGUUUCAGAACACCCGGCCAUUAUUCCUAGAGCCAUCCAACUUGCGUCCUCGUCACGGGCAAGACUCGUGGCAUUACUCGAGCUUCGUGAUGAGGCCAACUAUCUUGGUCUGGACGAGCUGUUCAAGCUAUGCAAUGACGAGAUAUGCAAUAGGAAGGUGGUGAACCUUGCGAAAUGGGCCGUUCAUCUUCUCGCUCCAGCAGAAAAUCGACGGAAGCGACACCUCCGCCUCGUGAACGUAACCUGGGCGGAGCACAGAACCGAGCAAAUACCCCGAACUCCCGACAAGCUGCAAUCACUUCUUGGAUAUGAUAUGCGUGAUGAUUGA